AUGCCGGAUACUGAUUUUAUUAUGAAAUGUCGUGGUUUACCAUGGUCAUGCACGGAAGAUGAUUUGCGUGAAUUUUUCGGAGAAACUGCAAAGUCAAUCACUGAAAUAAAGCUAACAAAAGAUCGUGAUGGGCGUGCAAGUGGUGAAGGAUACGUUAAAUUCAGCAGUCGAGAAGAUUAUGAUUUGGCUUUAACAAAAGAUAAGCAGUAUAUUGGUAGGCGAUAUGUAGAGCUUCAACAAAUACCAUCCAUCGAUUUUGAUUACGAUGAUAGUGAUAGGCGAUCUAAUGGGCCUCCAUUAGAUCCAAAUUUACCAAAUCGAGAUGCAUGUAUUGUUAGACUGAGUGGAUUGCCAUAUGGAUGUACUAAAGAGGAAAUUGUCCGAUUUUUUGAGCCACUCGAAAUAGCUGAAAAAGGUAUUAUAAUGACGUACGAUCGUUAUAGUGGGAAACCGAAAGGAGAAGCAUUUGUCGCAUUUAUUAAUGCUGAUUCUCUUUCGAAAGCCCUUGCUAAAAAUAAGGAGUAUAUACAACAUAGAUAUGUGGAUAUAUACCCAUCAUCGUAUGCUGAAAUGAUUCGAGUUUUGGAUGGAGGGCCUGAUCCGUAUAGUGGUGGAAGUCGAGGAUGGGAGAGAGAUCGACGACCUAGAGGAUUACCUUAUGAUCGUCCUGUUGGUGGUCGAGGUUUUAGUCGUACUGAUUCCAGAACUCAUCGCAAUGUGUUCGGAAAUCUGCUCAGCACUGGUUCUGUUUUGGGUAUUAAAUGUGAAUGUGAACGGGGGGUUGCAGAAGUAUGGGUCAACAGAUAUGGUGGUGGUGGCGACGGAUAUGAUGAUGGGUACGGUGGUGGACGUAGUGGUGGUGGACCUAUGCGACGGGGUUGGAGAGAUGAACCGCCGUCCGGUGGCCAUAGGGGGUAUUCAUCACCACGGCGUCGGUACACGCCGCCGCCUGAAUAUUGCAUACGAAUGCGUGGCCUUCCAUUUCGGGCGACAGAACGCGACAUAAUCGAUUUUUUCCAACCAAUGCGACCAGCUUCGAUUGAUGUGUUAUAUGAAUAUGGAACAGAUCGUCCUAGUGGUGAAGCGAUUGUCGAGUUCAGAAAUCAUGCAGAUUUUGAUGCUGCUAUGCAGCGUUCACGUUACGUAGAGCUUAUUCCAGAACACUGA